AUGCGUGAUUAUGUUGAGUCACAGGCACUCAAGCUGGACUCGCCCGUUUACGAAGAUGGCUCAAAUCUCUCAGUCGGGCAGCGCCAGUUGGUGUGCUUAGGCCGUGCGCUUCUGCGCAAAACUAAGAUAUUGCUGCUGGACGAGGCGACAGCUGCGUGUGAUCUGGAGACCGACGAGCUUAUCCAGGCCACCAUCCGCAAGGAGUUCAAGGAUUGUACUAUCAUCACCAUAGCACAUCGUCUCAAAACAAUUAUGGACAGCGAUAAGUAA